GAGAAAGAGAAAGAGAGAAGAAAGAAAGAAGAGAAAGAGAGAAGAAAGAAAGAAGAGAAAGAAAGAGAAAGAGAGAAGAAAGAGAGAAAGAAAGAGAGAAAGAAAGAAGAGAAAGAGAGAGAGAAAAGAGAAAGAGAGAGAAAGAAAGAGAGAAAGAAAGAAGAGAAAGAGAGAAAAGAAAGAAAGAAAGAAAGAGAGAAAGAAAGAAAGAGAAAGAGAGAAAGAAAGAAAGAGAGAAGAAAGAAAAGAGAGAAAGAAAGAAAGAGAAAGAGAGAAGAAAGAAAGAAGAGAAAGAGAGAAAGAGAGAAAGAGAGAAAGAAAAGAAAGAGAGAAAAAGAGAAAGAAAGAAAAGAGAAAGAGAGAAGAAAGAGAGAAGAAAGAAAGAAAGAGAGAAGAAAGAAAGAAGAGAAAGAGGAAAGAAAGAAGAAGAAAGAGAGAAGAAAGAGAGAAGAAAGAAAGAAAGAAAGAAGAAAGAAAGAAAGAGAAGAAAGAAAGAAAGAAAGAAAGAGAGAAGAAAGAGAGAAAGAAAGAAGAAAGAAAGAAAGAAGAAAGAAAGAGGAAAGAAAGAAAGAGAGAGAGAAGAAAGAGAGAAAGAAAGAAGAAAGAAAGAAAGAAAGAAAGAAGAAAGAAAGAGAGAGAGAGAGAAGAAAGAGAGAAGAAAGAAAGAGAGAAGAAAGAGAGAGAAGAAAGAAAGAGAGAAGAAAGAAAGAGAAAAGAAAGAAAGAGGAAAGAAAGAAAGAGAGAAAGAAGAAAGAGAGAAAGAGAAAGAGAAAGAGAAGAAAGAAAGAAGAGAAAGAAAGAGAGAAGAAAGAAAAAAGAAAGAGAGAGAGAAGAAAGAAAGAAGAAAAAGAGAAAGAGAGAAGAAAGAAAGAGAAAGAAAGAGAAAGAGAGAAGAAAGAAAAAAGAAAGAGAAAGAGAGAGAAAGAAAGAAAGAAAAAGAAAGAGAGAAAGAAAGAGAAAGAAAGAGAAAGAAGAAAGAAGAGAAAGAUAGAGAGAAGAGAAAGAAGAAAGCAAGAAAGAGAGAGAGAAGAAACAGAGAGAGAGAAGAAAGAAAGAAAGAAAGAAAGAAAGAAAGAGAGAAGAAAGAAAGAAAGAAAAAGAGAGAAAGAGAGAAGAAAGAAAGAGAGAAGAAAGAGAGAGAAAGAAAGAGAGAAAGAAAGAAAGAAAGAGAAAGAAAGAGAGAAGAAAGAGAAAGAAAGAGAAAGAAAGAGAAAGAAGAAAGAGAGGAGAAAGAAGAAAGCGAGAGAGAGAAGAAAGAGAAGAAAGAAAGAGAAAGAGAAGAAGAGAGAAAGAAAGAGAGAGAAAGAGAGAAAAAGAAAGGAGAAAGAAGAGAAAGAAGAGAAAGAGAAAGAAAGAAAGAAAGAAGAAAGAGAGAAGAAAGAAAGAGAAAGAAAGAGAGAAAGAAAGAAGAAAGAAAGAAAGAAGAAAGAAAGAGGAAAGAAAGAAAGAAGAAAGAGAAGAAAGAGAGAAAGAGAGAAGAAAGAAAGAAAGAAGAAAGAAAGAAAGAAGAAAGAAAGAGGAAAGAAAGAAAGAGAGAGAGAAGAAAGAGAGAAAGAAAGAAGAAAGAAAGAAAGA